AUGCAGUCGGCGGACAAGCCGCCGUCUCCCUGUCCGGAAUCCACGAGCGGAAGUGCGGCUGUCUUUCUACCGGCGCCAGGGCCCGGCUUGAAAUCUGAACAAGUGCUCUUUGUUGGCUCGUCGAAUGAGAGCGAUUUUGAGACUCUCUUUCCCACAGCUUGGUCCCGCAUAGCCUCCGCACUUCCCAGUGCAAGAAGGAUGCCGUACAAGCCGACAGUCGAGCAGACUUCAAACUGGGUUUCAAGCCUCUGCAAAGAGUGCGCUGUCUGCGCCGAAGAGAAGCCGAUUGCCGAUUUUGAACGGCCCACAACUCUCUGUUCCCACGCUCUGAUAAUCUGCAGGCGAUGUGUUCAGAGAAGUCUCGUCGUGGCGGUGAUUGAAAACGGACACGUGGUGCUCGCCACUUACGAACAUCUGUCGUCUCAGCGCGCGCUUGAAGCGGACCCCGGAUUCCGGUGGUGCCCCCGGAACGGAUGCGGAAACGGUCAACUCGUAGACGACAUUGAAGGGAGCCGCUUCUGGACUUGCUCUGAAUGCAAAUGCAAGAUCUGCAUACGUCACCGGAGCCUUUUCCACGACGGACUGACGUGCGACGACUUCGACAAACUAGCCACGUGGAAGGGGAGAUGGCUCAGAGUGGCGGCGAGAGCGUUCCGCCCGUUCCGGUGGCGGCGGGCUCAGCGGCUUCCGGCGGGCGAGGAGGGGGCGGCAAUUGACGCCGAAGAGCGAAGAGCGCGCGAGCUGGCCGCGCGGAAGCGCGAGGAAGCCGCAAGCCUCGCGGCGCUCAGGAAACUGCGCGUUAAGAGGUGCCCAAAAUGUGGGCAGGGGCUGCAGAAAACCGGCGGGUGUGAUCAUUUCAUAUGCGCAUCACCUGCCGGCUGCCAGGCGCAGUUUAACUGGAGUGGGGCGGACUGGGCCGGAGGUCGAUCGGCGUGA